AUGCAGCUGGUGACCGUUUUGGGUGCCAGCCUACUCCGCGGAACUGCACUGCCAGUCAUCCUGCCUGAAGGAGUACACCAGAUUGGCAACUCCUAUGUGCAUUCUACAGAUGGUGCAGAAACAGCAAGGUCUAGCAAUUUCAAGAUCACCGCCAUGCCUGGUCUGGUUGUCAAUGCUGCCGCUGAUGGUGUAGCACUGGCAGUAGCAGCUUCUACUUCACAAACUAGUGUCCAGUUAAUUGUGUUUGUGGCACUGAUGCUAUGUAAGUCACCAGUUGCUUUUGGGCUGGUUUUGUUCUUAAGGAAUGGUGGCCUAGAGUGGAAUCAAAUCAUAAAGCACUUUCUGGUCUUUGCAGUGGCAGCGCCAGUUAUGUCCAUGGUGACAUCCUUCAGACUAAAUAAGGACAGUAAAGAAGCCUUUUCAGAGGCCAGUACCACUGUAGUGGCCACGCUUUUGUCUGCUAGGACAUUUCUUUAUGUUGCCACAGUAUAUGUCCUCCCUGAUGUAGGUGGAAUGGGGCACAGUCACCAUCUGAACCCACUGGAGGUGGCAGCCCUGGUUCUGGACUGCCUCUUACCAAUCAUCUUCUCGAUAGGACACCAGCAUUAA